ACUGUAUAAAUGACUCGAUCACUCGAUUUGGAAGCAACCAUCUCACGGCACCAGGAUGGAGGAGGCUGAGAAGGGUCUACAGGGUCUACAGAUGAAGGAGCCGCUUCACCCCAAGGAGGCAGAGAUGGAAGAGGCCCUUCACCAGGAGCAACCGGGGGAGGGCCAGAAGAAGGAAGAGGCCCUUGACACCGUCCAACCGGUGCAAGGCCAGAAGAAGGAAGAGGCCCUGCAUCGGAUGGAGGAGAAGAAGGGUCUCGAGGUGGAGGGUUCCCUGGUCCUCCACCUGAUUGAGGCAGAGCAAGGGCUAAUGAAGGAGAGCCCUCAUCGGAUUGAAUCAGAGAUGGGUGUACAGAUGGAGGAGACGCUGGCCAUCCACGGUAUGGAGGCGGAGCAGACGCUUCAUCCUAUGGAGGCGGAGGUGGGACUACUUCAGAUGGAGGAGACCCGGGCCGUCCACGGGGUUGAGGCGGAGCAGGAGACCCUUCAUGGGAUGGAGUCGGAGAUGGGUCUACAGAUGGAGGAGACUCUUAUUCUCCUAUUGGAGGCGGUGGUGGUGGAGAAGAGGGCAGAAACUAGCCGCAUGAGAGACGAAUGGUUGGAAAUGGAAGCUGCCGUUGAAGCGAAGGGAAAUGAGCUAGAAUUUUUGAAGACAAACCGCGAUCGAUGCGUUGCCGAACAGCUCCUUUUGCAAGAUGCAGAGCAACUACUCCAUGACAUUUUGUUCCAUCCAAACUAAAACAGCGAGACAGAAUUUCAUUGGUCGUCAUGUUUAGUUCAACACUAGUCGGUGUUACUUCUUUUGUUCUCUCUCUCUCUCUUCUUUUUUCUUCUUUUUUUUUUUUUUUAAUUAAAAGUAAGUUUUCUGCAGUUUCAGAUGUUUAAACCUUGUCUUUGGUUGUAAAUUAAAACUUUUAAAUUAAUAAAUACAAAUUUAGUUA